GAGGCGCCGAGUGUUCCUCUCGCUCUCUUCCCCGGUGUUCUCGAGCGCCGUAGCCAUGUCUUAUCCCGCUGAUGACUACGAGUCUGAGGCUGCUUAUGAUCCCUACGCUUACCCAGGCGACUAUGAUAUGCACACAGGUGAGACCACGGGCCUGGCUGCCGGGCUGAGGCCUGUAGGGAUUGGCGUCUUUUUGAAUGUCUCACAACCACCUCUGACAGCCAGCUGUCAGAAACUCUGCUUCUUUUAUGUUGGCGAAUUUUUCUGCUUCAUUUUCAGCUGGACCAAGCUGACUGAAAGAUUCUUCAAGAACACACCAUGGCCUGAAGCUGAAGCCAUUGCCCCCCAGGUUGGCAACGGUGGUGUGUUCCUGCUGCUAAGAAGUUAUUACUUUUUUCAGGCUGUAGAUAGUGUGAAAGUGCCUGCCUUCCCUACCUUGACAUUAGUAAUUAGUAUAUUCACUGUGCAUAUGGACUGUCGCUUGGGUUUAUGCCCCUGCUCUGUCUCCCUUCUUUCUCAACAGUUCCAGUCUUUUAGUCAGUACCGCUGCAAGACUGCCAAGAAGUCGGAAGAAGAGAUUGACUUCCUCCGUUCCAAUCCCAAAAUCUGGAAUGUUCACAGCGUCCUCAAUGUCCUUCAUUCUCUGGUGGACAAGUCCAACAUCAACCGGCAGCUGGAGGUAUACACGAGUGGAGGUGACCCUGAGAGUGUAGCUGGGGAGUACGGGCGACACUCCCUCUACAAGAUGCUCGGCUACUUCAGCCUGGUGGGGCUCCUGCGCCUGCACUCCCUGUUGGGAGAUUACUACCAGGCCAUCAAGGUGCUGGAGAACAUCGAACUGAACAAAAAGAGCAUGUAUUCCCGUGUGCCCGAGUGCCAGGUCACCACAUACUAUUAUGUCGGCUUUGCAUAUUUGAUGAUGCGUCGCUACCAGGAUGCUAUCCGAGUCUUUGCCAACAUCCUCCUCUACAUCCAGAGGACCAAGAGCAUGUUCCAGAGGACCACGUACAAGUAUGAGAUGAUCAACAAGCAGAACGAGCAGAUGCAUGCAUUGCUGGCCAUUGCGCUCACCAUGUACCCCAUGAGGAUCGACGAGAGCAUCCACCUCCAGCUGCGGGAGAAGUAUGGGGACAAGAUGUUGCGCAUGCAGAAGGGCGACCCCCAGGUCUAUGAGGAGCUGUUCAGCUACUCCUGCCCCAAGUUUCUGUCUCCUGUCGUGCCCAACUAUGACAACGUGCACCCCAACUACCACAAAGAGCCCUUCUUGCAGCAGCUGAAGGUGUUCUCGGAUGAAGUGCAGCAGCAGGCCCAGCUCUCCACCAUCCGCAGCUUCCUCAAGCUCUACACCACCAUGCCUGUGGCCAAGCUGGCUGGUUUCCUGGACCUCACUGAGCAAGAGUUCCGCAUCCAGCUUCUUGUCUUCAAGCACAAGAUGAAGAACCUGGUGUGGACCAGUGGUAUCUCUGCCCUCGAUGGUGAAUUCCAGUCGGCCUCUGAGGUUGACUUCUACAUUGAUAAGGAUAUGAUCCACAUUGCAGACACCAAGGUUGCCAGGCGCUAUGGGGAUUUCUUUAUCCGUCAGAUCCACAAAUUUGAAGAGCUUAAUCGAACACUGAAGAAGAUGGGACAGAGACCCUGAAGCACUCAAGUGACACUGUCGUUGUAGAUGGGAAGUAUUUUUGUCACCAUGAAGCCUUUACUCAAAUCUGCCAUCAGCUGAGUUGGAAUUGCCUCAAAUUAAGGACUAAAAUGUUUUCAGUAGUAAAGGAUCUUGGGAGCCAGA